AUUCACCACACGGCGCCAUAUUAGAUAGACAUUAUAUUGCUGCGGACGAAGUCAAGGAAAGGGAAUAGUCCUCCAGAUGACAAGGGUACUCAGGCCGCAGUAGUCCAUUCGCAAAACACUCGAGGUGACUGCUAUAUGGUUGACAACGAGUAAUUGAGUCAAACAUCUCGGGCAGCUUGGUCCGAGGCGGGCUGUUUUUGUCGUUGUUUAGCUAAGUUGCCGGCAGACAUGACUUCCUUGGUUCAGCGGAGUUCGGGCCUCGUGCAGAGGCGGACCGAAGCCUCGCGCAACGCCGCUGACAAAGACCGUCCGGAAGGCGAGGAGGACGACGAGCCCCGCCGGGGAGACGAGCAGGACGAUGAUGAUACCGGAGACUCCAAAGAAACACGUCUCACCUUAAUGGAAGAGGUGCUGUUGUUAGGACUGAAGGACCGAGAGGGCUACACCUCGUUCUGGAAUGACUGCAUUUCGUCAGGGUUGCGAGGGUGUAUGCUGAUUGAGCUGGCUCUACGAGGACGUCUUCAGCUGGAGGCUUGUGGCAUGAGGAGGAAAGGUCUGCUGGCCAGGAAGGUGAUUUGUAAGUCAGACGCUCCGACGGGUGACGUGCUCCUGGAUGAAGCCCUUAAACACAUCAAAGAUACUCAACCUCCGGAGACCGUGCAGAGCUGGAUCGAACUGCUCAGUGGAGAGACGUGGAACCCCCUGAAGCUUCAUUAUCAACUGCGGAACGUCCGUGAGCGGCUGGCCAAAAACUUGGUUGAAAAAGGCGUCCUCACUACUGAGAAGCAGAACUUCCUGCUUUUUGAUAUGACCACACAUCCUCUCACCAACAACAACAUCAAGCAGCGUCUCAUCAAGAAGGUCCAGGAGGCCGUACUGGACAAGUGGGUGAAUGACCCACAUCGAAUGGACAAGCGGCUGCUUGCACUGAUCUUCUUAGCCCAUUCCUCUGAUGUCCUGGAAAAUGCCUUUGCCCCGCUGCUAGACGACCAAUACGACCUGGCCAUGAAGAGAGUGCGGCAGCUGCUGGAACUGGAGCCCGAGGGGGAGAGCAUGAAGGCCAACGCCAACGAGCUGUUAUGGUCUGUGGUGGCUGCCUUCACCAAAUGAGGCUACCACAAAGAGGACAGCAAGCAGUUGUGGCAUUCAAGUGGCAUUGUACUUUGGGGUAGGAAUCAGAGACCCCAACAUGGUGACUUGACUGAAUUACAGUUUACCCCUGUCUGGGCUUUUGGAAUGGGCUGCCCUCUUUUCUCAUCCCUCUCCGUCUGGCAUUUUAUUUUCCUUCCAGAUAACUGUCCAUGUUGGUCCUUCAUGGCCCUGUUUCCCCCCAUGUAACGUUUGUGCUCACUUUUGCUAAAAAAAUAACUCUCAUGGACCUUUUGAAUGAAGUGGUAGGGUGAUGAUAUGGGUGAGGCAGAAAUCAAGAUGUCGAUUCAUAUCGUCUUUAUUUUCUAUUGGGUGUAUCUUUGGAACUGUUUCCUCAAGGUACGACACAGGUUACUCAAGGUAGCCUCCUGACACACCUGAGAAUAAAGUAACCAACCGAGAUGUAGAUGUACAGAUCCAUGUACAGGCCUGUGACGCUGUAUAGGAAGGAAAGGUUAGCCGAUACUGCUGUCAAGUCUUUGAAUGGAUAUCUACCAAAUGUGAUUGAAGUGUAUGGAUACCAUGUAUUUAGUGUCACGUCAUUCUUUGACUUUCAAAUCAAAUACUGGGUGGAAACUAAUUUGGUCAGAUCUGGAAGUCUGAGUCGACUGAUGCCCCCGAAUCCAUCCAUGAUAUAUACCUGCUUAUCCUGUGCAGAGAUGCAGGAGGCUGGAGACUGUCCCAGCUCACACUGGCCAGGGGGAGGGCUACAGCCAGGGCAGGUCGCCAGUAUAUCAUUGGGCUGACAGACAGAGUCAGACAGCCAUUCACACCUGCAGACAAUUUAGUUUCUAGGUCACCUGACCUACAUCUCUUUGGACUGUUGGGGGGGGGGGGGGGGGGGAAAGCCGAUGCAGGCACUUGGAAAAAAAUCCUAACGCCGCACAGCUGUCUGCAGGAUCUGAAGAUUUCCUGGUGUGAGGCGAGAGCUCUAACCACUGAGACCCCGUGGCCCCCUACAUUCCAUCCCUUCUGGCCCUUAAGUUGUGUGGAAGAUCAUUCGUUUGCCUACACAUGCAUGGACGCAUCCAGUCCCGGGAAUAUGUAGUGUUGACUUGUGUGACUUAUCAGUUACUUGGAUCUCAGCCCCAUUGAAUCUUUGGGAAAUGCGUAUGAAAUGAAAAGCAAAAAUAUGAAGAACAUUAUUAGACUGAUUUGUUUAGGACAUUGGGUGAAAUAGUCCUGGGUUAAUACAAAUUCUAAAAUUAAAAUAAAACAUGUAGAAUUGAUGGGGCUGAUAGAAAUACACCGUAUGAUUAUGGAAGGAAAAAUACUAAAUAUUAAUAAACCUUUCUGUCUUAAAUAGGGCAUACUGUUUUAAAUAUCCUCUGGCCAGUAGUUUUUAUUUUUAUGUUUUUUUUUAUUCUUAAUGAAACAGGAAUUUUUGUGUCUGACUCGGACUUGUAUUGUAUCUAAUCUAGAUGCACUGUCAAAAUGUGUUCAUGUCUAAUAUAUAGCAGCUUGCAUUCAGGAUUCCAGUAUGUAAUAUCUGAAUGGUAACAGUUGAAAGCAAACACAUCCUACUCUGGGUUCGAUGUCAUAAAUCCACGUAGAUAAAACAAAUGGCUCUAAAAUGUGUUAUUUAAGCGAUUUGGUAGUAUCAGCUAACAGCUUUGAACGGUGUUGGCUGAGCCUGACUGGGUAACAACCCUGUUUGCAUGAUGACUGUUGAGGAUCAAAUUGAAAUAUUUUAGUGGCAGAAACAAGCUCAGGAAAGUCAACCAUCAAUGACAGCUGCCUUUGUUAGCUAAAUUUAAAUAGACAUAUACACUUAUAAGUGAAUCUACAUAUGAUCCAAAUGACACAAUCCACAGGUCUUGAUGCAGAAUAAAUGCGUUUAUGAUGAUCUCCAGCUAAAUAGUUGUUGAAGGUCAAUUUUUUUCACUUUAUGGAGCUGGCCGAGCAGUUUCCCCCAGCCUUCACUCUUUGAUGAGCUUGGCUGAACAUAUUCCAGACCUAUCAUUGUCAUGGAUGCACAGAGCUGAAAUAGAUAUGAAUAUUCUCAUGUGGGUUUGAUGGCAAACAAGUGUGUUUCCUAAACUGUCAGCGAUGCUUAAAUGUGCAGACAGUCUUACUUUGCAGUUACUUGUGAUUGCUCUCAAAAUAAAUCCAUUGUAUUAACUAAACUUCUGAUGGAUUAUCUAACACGCUCACCAAGUCUAAUUAGAAGAAUCAAAAGACGGGCUCACAUUCCAGAUGUUGGUGUAUAUACUUGUGUAUUUGUAUCAGGCACACAUUCAAAGGACAUUUUUGUCACAAUUGCACUUGUCAGCUUUCCAAAAUAUAUCCUGGUUCAGCUGUACUGUCUUUCAAAAUGUUGUACAUAGUGCUCUUAAACAUUCAUCAAAGCCUUUUCACCAUGAACCAUACCUUGAUCUUCAUUUCAUUUUGCUUCAAUGUUAUGAAUUUUCUUUUCACAUUUGUUUAACUGUUCUUUUUUAACGACUUUUGCUACUCAACCCCAUGGUUCUUGUGAUAUUACAGAUAGCCUCCCUCUGAUAUUGUAUGUAGCAAAGAUCUGGGAGUGAUCAGUCAGUGGUCGUCAGAGAAGAGGUGACCAAGAGAUUUAUGCAUCAGAAAAUCACCUCAAAUUGCGGCAUGAAUAUGAGAGAUUAUAUGUUAUCUAAAUAAAGGGACCUCUAGUC